AUGGCGGGCAUGAUCGUGAACAACCUCGCGCGGGCGAUGUCGGCCGCGACGCGCAUCUUCGAGGUGCUCGACGCCAAGUCUCCGGUCGAGGACCGCCGCGGCGCCGUCGAGAUGAGGCGGCCGGCCGGCCACGUGCGGUUCGAGAACGUGAGCUUCGAGUACCGCAAGGACACGCCUGUCCUGCGUGACUUCAAUCUCCACGUUCCUGCCGGGAAAGUCGUCGCUCUCCUGGGCGCGCCUGGCAGCGGCAAGAGCACCCUUGCCAGCCUGAUACCCCGCUUCUACGACGUGACGAAGGGAACGGUCACAAUUGACGAUGUCGACGUGCGGGACGUGACGCUGGAGUCGCUCCGCAGGAACAUCGGCGUGGUACAGCAGGACGUGUUCCUGUUCACCGACACGAUAGCCAACAACAUCGCGUACGGCCGCCCCGACGCGACCCGCGAUGAUGUCAUUCGGGCGGCGAAGAUCGCGCAGCUGCACGAGCACGUCGAGAGCCUGCCGGAGGGCUACGAGACGGUCCUGGGAGAGCGCGGAGUAUCGCUCUCCGGCGGCCAGCGACAGCGCAUGUCGAUAGCGCGCGCCAUCCUCCUCGACCCGCCGAUACUCAUCCUCGACGAGGCGACGGCCAAUAUCGACAGCCACACCGAGGCGCAGAUCCAGCUUGCUUUGCGGAGCCUGCUCCGGGGCAGGACGGCCAUCGUCAUCGCCCACCGCCUCUCGACCAUUCGCGGGCGCCGACAAGAUCGUCGUCCUCAAUCACGGCGAGCUAGUCGAAGAGGGCACGCACAACGAGCUCCUCGACCGCGACGGGCUGUACUCGCACCUGUACCACAUGAACUACGCCGUCCUCGAAGAGAUCGGCGUGACGUAGCAUCCCCACAAAGGGCAAACCCUAUACGUCCUCACCUUGCAUCCUUCCCCCUAGGCGGAAAGACCAAGGAAGCGGGAUAUCCACGUAUUCAGGAAGGCAGCAUGACCGGAAACCUCCGUGCAUCGCGCCACCUCGACCUUGAGGGCGCGUACAACAUCCGAGACAUCGGCGGCUAUGAGACCGUCGAUGGACGAAGGACCCGCCCACGAACGCUGUUCCGGUCCGACAGUCUCCACAAUCUCACGCCGGACUCCCAACGUGCCCUGGUCUCGGAAGGCCUGCGUACGGUGGUCGACCUGCGGGUGACCGAGUCCGUCUCGGAGCAUCCGAACGUCUUCGCCCGGUCGUCGGAAGUGGACUACCGCUGCGUGAACGUCAUGGGGGACGAGCCGCUGGUGGAGGUCUCGGACAUCCGCGUCUCGGCGCUCGGCCCCGACAGGCCGCCCGACAUCUACGCCGCCAUCAUCGACCGUCGCCGGAGUGGAUGGGCAAGGUCGUCAAGCUCCUCGCGACUCCCGGUGCGCUCCCCGCGCUCUACCACUGCAACUCCGGUCGCGAUCGCGCCGGCCUAG